AUGGGCUGCGCGGGGAGGCGGGACUUCCGGUCGCCGUUGCUAUGACGCGUUCGGCUCCUCCUUAGCAACCGAUGGCGGCGGCAGCGCGGAGGGGCCGAGUGUUUUCUGGGCCAAGAAGUUUCCCCUCCUGCUGAAGCUGCUCUGCCGGCAUUCACAGAACUGUGUUCCUCUCUGCUGUCUGCGCUGCAGCAGCUUGCUGAGCUCCUGGCAGCCCCUCUGCCCCUUCCCGGGGUCCCUGUGAAAGGGCCAUGGCAGACACCGGGGAGGGGAAAAAGGAGGAGGCUGAUUAUAAAAGACUUCACAACUUUCCACUGAUUAGGCACACAGACAUGCCAGAGGAGAUGCGUGUAGAGGCCAUGGAGCUAUGUGUCACAGCAUGUGAGAAAUACACCACCAACAACGAGAGCGCUGCCAAGAUGAUCAAAGAGAUGAUGGACAAGAAAUUUGGGUCCUCCUGGCACGUGGUGAUCGGGGAAAGCUUUGGCUUAGAGGUCACUCAUGAGGUGAAGAGUCUGCUGUACAUGUUCUUUGGUGGCAGCCUGGCCGUUUGUGUCUGGAAGUGUUCCUGACAUCUGGCCAGGUCUCAGACUUGCUGCAUACAAGAGGUUUCUUCCUUCUCUUUUCAGGUUUUGUACAAUCUGGAGGUGGGACUUUAUUUUUAAUAGUUAAAUGUCAGUAUUUUUUAUUUUUUCAAACUGACGUAACAGUUCCGUACGAUACAUAUAGGAGGUGCGUGUGUGCGUAUAAACUUGCUAAGCUGUCCUGUCCUUGCUUGUGGGAUUUCUCCUCUGUCAGUGGCUCUUUCCUUGGUGUCUGAGCCGAAGCAGGAAGGAGGUGGGGAAUAGGUAAUCUCACGACACCCUGCGGCGUCAUACAGCAGUGCUAGGAGGGGGAAGCAGAAGAGAAAAGGUGCUAUCUAGCCCUAUGGGUUGUUUUUCCUCCCACUGGUUCCACAUUGUGUCCUCUCUUCUCUGCCUGCCCCACUACUGUGUUGGUGUGGCUCUGACCAGCAGCUCUCUCUCUGAAUGCUGAAGAAUGCCUUCUUCCCUGACUUCUAAGAUGUCCACAUGGAACUGACAGUGCCAAGGGUCUUUGUUCGGACUGCCCGUGGAGGUAUUAGUCAUAGUGAAGUAGAAUCGGCUUGCCCUUCCCUGCUUCUUUUGGGAGGGUACAACAGCUGAGCUGCCUGGGUGUAGGAUGUUGCUAUGCAAACUGCCCCCUCUUUUCUCACCCACCGCACGCUGAGAUAGCAUGAAAACACGGGCGGCUGACGGCGCCUGGGGAGUGGGUGAGAACUGUUCAUAAGGCUCGAAUGCCUCCCUGUCAGUUCUUGGGGGUGUUGCAAGCACUGUGUACUUUCAGCAUCUUGUUUGGAGGCUGUUAGGGGAAGGAGGCUCCAUGUGAGAUAUCACUUGGUCAUCAGAAACCUACUGUCUUUUUGGACUUGUGUUCUUUUAGCCUGCUUCAUCUUUUAAAGCUGUCAGCGUUGGAGGAUGGAACGAACAUAAUUGUAUGUUACGUAGAUGGCUUAUUUAUAUAAAUCUGUGGAACUGUGUUUUUAAAAUAAAAAUUUA